AUGUACGAGCUAACUUUCUCUGAAAAGGAUAGGGAGAAAGUCAUGGAUUCUUACUUGCCUCAUGUCUUAAGCACAUACAGGGCCAUCAAAAAGAAAAGGAAGGCAAGGAAGAUAUUGGGAAGCAUCCCCACUAAAUUAAACCAUCCAUCCACAUUCGACACCCUCGCCAUUGAACCUGAGUUAAAGAAGGCUAUUGUCGAUGACCUCGAUCGGUUCCUGGCCAGGAAGGACUUUUACAAAAAGGUCGGGAAGCGUUGGAACCGGGGUUAUUUAUUUUACGGCCCUUCUGGAACUGGGAAAUCCAGCCUCAUCGCUGCUAUCGCAAAUUACUCCAACUUUGAUGUCUACAUUUUGGAGCUCACCAAUUUUAACACUGAUGAUGAACUGUUGUAGCGUUAAUUGCUUCAUUCGCCCUCUCAUUCCCUAAUUGUGGUUGAGGACAUAGAUUGCAAUAAAGCGGUCCAAGAUCGAUCAAAAGAAGUUGGCGUUGAUCCGGCCAAGUUCUCCAAGGUCACCCUGUCGGGUCUACUAAAUGCCAUAGAUGGUAUGUGGUCAAGUAACGGGGACGAGCGAAUCAUAGUGUUUACUACAAAUCACAAAGAGCGACUAGAUCCAGCAUGGUUACUUCCUGGUCGGAUGGACAUGCACAUUAUUUUGUCCUUCUGCACCUUUAAUGGGUUCCGAAUCUUAGCCUCCAAUUACUUGGACGUCCAAAGCCACCCGCUCUUUGAACAAGUUGAAGGCUUGCUAGAGAAAGUAGAGGUGACUCCUGCAGCAGUGGCAGAAGAAUUAAUGAAGAGCGAUGAUGCUGAUGUUGCUCUUGGAGGACUUGUUGAGUUGCUUAAGCAAAAAGAGAUGGGAAGUGAAUAA